UUUGCAUCUCAAGAGAGUGAGGCAACACACGUUUUUUCCUUCUACCGCAUGAGUCCAAAUGAAUUCCAUCAGUACAUGGGGAUUAUUCGUUUACUUAAUCACUUUGGAUGGACAUGGAUUGGGCUGGUGGUUGCAGAUGAUGAAAGUGGAGACCAAUUUUUGCAAGUCAUAGAGACCUUGUUUGCUCAAAAUGGAAUCUGUUCAGCCUUCACGCAAAGAUUGCCACACCAUGGUCGUUUGACUGAAGAGCAGGAUAACAAAUUUGUGAGAGUAACGGUGGAUGGUAAUGUCAGAGUAUUUCUUAUGCAUGGUGAUGCUACGGUGGUCAUGUGGAUGAUCACAUUCCAUGUUUUUUUACUUCCUGAGGAUAUGGAAGCUGUAUAUCUGGGAAAGCUGUGGAUUAUGACAGCCCAGGCAGAGAUUAUUGUAACAGGGGUUACAAAGUUAAUGGACUUUCAAAUCUUCAAAGAUACAAUAUCCUUUGCAGUUCACUCAGAGGAACCUCAAGGUUUCCAAGCAUAUCUUCAGAAUGCAAAACCUAACCGUAUAGAAGGAGGGGACCUUCUUAAAGAAUUCUGGGAACAGGUUUUUGACUGUACCGUUCCAAAUCCUCAGGAGCCAAUGGAGACUGGCAAUAAAUGUACUUGGGAGGAGAAGCUGGAGAUGGUUCCUAGCUCGGUUUUUGAAAUGAGCAUAUCUGGUCACAGCUACAGCAUCUACAAUGCCGUGUAUGCUGUGGCAUAUACUCUCCAUGCCAUGGGAUUGUGUAGAGUCAAACACAGAAUGAUGUCAGGAUUUAGAAGAGCUGGAUGUGAAGAGCUCCAGGCUUGGCAGCUUCAUUCCUUUCUUCAAGCCACUUUUUUUAACAACACAGCUGGAGAAAUCAUAUCAUUCAAUGAUCGUGGAGAACUGAUUACUGGAUUUGACGUAAUGAACCUGAUCAUGUUUCCAAACAAUUCUUUCCUGAAAACUAAAAUUGGAAUGGUGAAUCCCAGUGAUGAUGAUGGGAAUCGAUUGAUCAUUAAUGAGGAUAUGAUGGAAUGGCGUGCAAGGUUUAAUCAGGUGCUUCCCCUCUCUACUUGUAGUGCCGCCUGUCAGCCAGGUAAUCUAAAGACAAAGGAGGAAGGGAAGAAAUUUUGCUGCUUCAAUUGUCUCUCGUGUCCAGAAGGGAAAAUUUCUAAUGCAACAAAUAUGAAUGAAUGCUUUGCAUGUCCAGAAGAUCAGUAUCCAAGCAAAAGCAAAAACAGAUGCGUUCCCAAAGAUAUUUCCUUUCUGUCUUAUGAUGACCCCUUAGGGAUUAGUGCUGCUUCGGUUGCUUUUUUAUUUUUCUUGAUCACCGCUUUGGUGCUAGCAAUUUUUAUUAAGCACCAAGAUACUCCAAUAGUGAAAGCUAACAACCGGGACCUCUCCUACAUUCUCCUCAUUUCCCUUCUUCUCUGCUUCCUCUCUUCUUUCUUAUUCCUCGGUCGACCUGGCAAAGUGAGUUGCUUUUUGAGGCAAGUGGCAUUUGGCAUCAUCUUUUCAGUGGCAGUUUCUUGCGUAUUAGCCAAAACUAUCACUGUGGUUGUAGCUUUCAUGGCUACAAAACCAGGUUCAAACAUGAGAAAAUGGGUAGGGAAGAGGCUAGCUAAUUCAAUUGUCUUUUUUUGCACUUCGAUACAAGUCGUUAUUUGUGCAGUCUGGCUAGGGAGUUCUCCUCCAUUCCCAGAUUUGGACAUGCAUUCACUAACCGGGCUAAUAGUUGUGGAAUGCAAUGAAGGUUCCUUCAUCAUGUUUUACCUUGUCCUAGGUUAUAUGGGACUACUUUCCGUCAUCAGUUUCACAGUAGCUUUCCUUGCUAGGAAACUGCCUGAUAGUUUUAAUGAAGCCAAGUUUAUCACCUUUAGUAUGUUGAUCUUUUGCAGCGUGUGGGUGUCUUUCGUCCCUACUUAUCUGAGCACUAAAGGGAAAUACAUCGUAGCCGUGGAGAUCUUCUCUAUCUUAGCCUCAAGUGCUGGACUACUGGCAUGCAUCUUUUUCCCGAAAUGCUAUGUUAUUCUGUUGAGACCAGAGUUAAACAACAAGGACCAUCUAAUAAAGAGAAAGAACUGA